UUCAGGCGCGCCUCCUGUUAGCUGUUCUUGGGUCCUUGCGUCGAACUGACAGCUCUGUUUCCAUUAUGGCGGCGUCCAGCAGAGAGCAUGUACUUUCACUCUACAGAAUGCUUCUGAAAGAGAGCAAGAAAUUCCCCUCGUAUAACUACAGGACGUACGCUCUACGGAGGGUACGAGAUGCGUUCAGGGAGAACCGGACAGUGGGAGAUCCGAAAGCUGUGGAGGAGCUUCUGAACAAGGCCCGGGACAGUCUGGCCAUCGUUCAAAGACAGGUGUCUAUAGGGCAGAUGUUUGAGAUCCAGAAGACGGUCAUGGAACCGGAGGAAAAGAAGAGCGAUUGAUGUGAUGUGGGAGUGAUGGUUCUCAGACGACAGAACUGAUGUCUAUUCUUCAAACAUCUGCUGGUCAUGAUGGUGAUGAUGGUGAUGAUCUUCAUCAGAAUGGAUCUCACACACACUCUUCCUGUUUACACAGUCAUGUCAGAUGCCGUGUGCCAUGAACACC